AGAGUCAAGAGCAUCGAGUCAAUCUGCCACAGAGGAUUGGAACGUGAACGUCUCGCUUGCUCUUCGAAUACCAAAAAAUGUCAGGACGCGGAAAGGGUGGAAAAGUUAAGGGGAAGGCAAAGUCCCGCUCCAACAGAGCAGGUCUCCAGUUCCCCGUUGGAAGGAUUCACAGACUGCUCAGAAAAGGAAACUACGCGGAACGCGUUGGCGCAGGUGCUCCGGUUUACCUGGCGGCUGUAAUGGAGUAUCUGGCCGCAGAAGUUCUCGAGUUGGCCGGCAACGCUGCCCGUGACAACAAGAAGACGAGGAUCAUCCCGCGUCACCUCCAACUCGCCAUCCGCAAUGACGAGGAACUGAACAAAUUAUUAUCCGGAGUAACCAUUGCUCAAGGCGGAGUACUGCCGAACAUCCAAGCCGUCCUGCUGCCGAAGAAGACCGAGAAGAAAGCUUAAAACCUUGACUUUCAAUCCUGC